UGUCAGUCGUAUGUUCGCUAUUUUGCUACUCCAACGUCUGCGGACGCGUGUUCACGUCGAGCAAAUGCGUCGCCAUUGUCGUUGUCACCUGGUUUGCCGUCUUCGUCAUAAAUCUGCCGGCGUUCUUCUACGACAACGGCUUCUGGUUUGAACCCCGUUCGCAGUCGUGCCUGUGGAAUUGGUACACGAGCCCGCUACACCGCCACCUGUGGGCAGCGCUCUGUCUAAUAUCGCCCGUAGCCGUGACAGCCAUCUGCUACGUGAAGGUAUUCCUCCACGUUUACAAGAGUAAGCAGCGGGUCGCAGCUGCAGGUGCGGUCCAGUCAAAAACGAAGACGUCUACGGCGUCGACCGAACUCGCACGAACCCUUUGCACGAUAUUCGUCGUGUUCGUAAUCACCUGGACACCGAUGGUCUUUGACUUCUACUUCGAUCCCAACUACGACUGGCCGGCGCCAUUUUUUCUCUUCGCAAUUUUUAUGGCGCCCUUCAACAGCUGCGUCAACCCGAUCGUCUACGGCGUGACCAACAGGCAGUUUCGUGCUGGCUUCAGACACGUUCUGUGCCUGGGCGGACGCGGUGGGGAUCAGUCCGCUACCAUGCAAAACACGUCGCAUGUUGGGUUGAGAAGCGGGCGCGUUAAGGAUCAGCCGUCUAGCGUACAAAACACGUCGCAUGUUGGGUUGAGAAGCGGGCGGCUGACGCCCCGCAGCGGGAUAGCCUUCACAGCUGCAUCUAGCAACACGGCUACAGUAAACGAAAAAGGUUAGCAUCAAAAUAGACGCCGACGCUGUUCAAGGAUACUGUAGUCGCUGGAUAUUUUCUGCUGCCAGGCGACUGUGCGCUUAUAGAUAAGUGCUAUAUGGGCCGUGA